GACUUUUAUUUACCAGCAAUAUUUAUUAUUUUGUUCGUGAUUAUCGCAUCUUUCGCCUGGAAGACAUGCCUAAUGAUUCGUCGUCUAGUUUGUCGUGGUUUAACGGGGAUAGCUACAAUAGGGAUCUUGCAGCGACUCCACCUUUUUUUUUUAUUUCACCAGAGAGGACAUUUGUAUUACGGGAUAAUAGACCGCCAUCAAGACCCGUCACCCUAAGGCCCGUUACCCCAAGGCCCAUUGCUCCGGCAUUAGAUGAUAGUAUGCAAGAUGGACAAAGACCAUGGUGGAUGCUUAACUGGUUUAGUCCGCAAUCAAUGCCCGUUAGCCCAUCCCCGCAGCGUCACCCCUUCAGAUAUUCAAAUAUGACUCAAGAUAGUGGUUUCUUUCCCAAACAACAGUCACAGAGUACAUUAUCUCAAGUUAGACGACCUGCAACGCCUUCUCCACCUACAACACCGGAGGUAUACGCGUUGAACCUGAUAGAAAACAUGGAAUUUUCGCCUUCACCGCUACGACAAUCACAGAUGGACGAAUGGCUUCGUUCGUUUUCACCAAUAUCACCAGAUAUAUUACCGCUGGAUGUUGUAGGCGGCGUGGUAUUUUCACCUUCGACAAUCUGA